AAUAGAAAAUAAUGAAUAUCAAUGUACUGCGACAUUAUCAUAUCCAUCCAACAAUACACGCGAUGGCGUAGGAUUAACUGAGUAUGCUUUUAGUGAUCUUCAGGAUUUACGUGGACGUGCUCUUUUAAUUGCUAAAGCACCUGUUGAUGCCAAAAUGUCAAAUAAAAAUGAUAUGGUUAACGAAAUCACCCCUACUCACAUGAAUGAAUUUGUAAUCCAAGUUGACAUAGCACAGCAAAUAAUUGAUGUCUCCUCACAUCUUGUGGAGCUUGGUCACUUUGGAUAUCGUGAUUUUAAAGCAUCAACACGAACUACACAAGAAAUGGAAACUUUGUUGCAAACUUUUGAUUGA